UGGAACUCCUGUGAGCUAUCUCUAUAGCACAAACCCUGGCCUUGCCCCGCCCCAUUCCCAUCCUGUUAAGCAGAUGAUGAUCUAGAAAUUUCUUGGUAGGAUUCCAUGAAACCAUCUCCUUACCUGACCACUAACAAGGAACAGAAAGCAAAGGGCCACCAGAACCCAGCCAUCUCCUCCUCCUACUAGAGAUUACUCUAGCUGACAUGAUUUUGAAGAUCAGAUUUUUAAAUAAAAAGAAGAAUGUGCUGAUGUACAAUCCUAGUCCUCUUUCUGCCCUUCCUGAUUUCCAUGUUGUUGCCUUUAUAUAGAUGAAGGCAGAAUGUGGCCUAUCUAGGAUGGUUCACAUGCAAUGUGUGACUCUUCUGGAAUUGGGAAAAAAAGAAGCUGGCUUAAGUAUCUGAAAUGUUAACAUAUCAGUGAGAACUUCGAUCAAAAUUUAAAUGGAAAAAAGAUGGGGAGAAAAUCAUGCUGCUUCUUCAACCAUUCUGCUCACAACCCUGAGGCUGGAGACCAAUCUGACCAGAUUCCAUCCUAAACCUUCCGAGCAAUGACUAGCAAGACUGUCCAACUGGCAAGAGAAGUCCAGACCUACCAGGGCUGGAAGAAUCUUUCAUCCUCCAGCCAAAGACAGUGAAAUGUUGCAGGAUCAGGAUGAAAAAGUGUCUUCAUCGAGCAGUGUCCACAGACCAGACCAGCAGUUUUCCAAUGAGAUUUGCCACUACAGCAAGUUGCACUACAGACUUUUCCCCUGAAGGAAGAGCAGUUUCACUUGUGUUUUUUCGAGUGUAUACUUUGGAGCCAGCAAUUGCCAGGGGAGGAGCCAGAUCCAGCCAAGGGCCGGAUCUGGAUUUUUGCAAUGUUAAUGUGCGGGGAUGUGUCAGGGUCUUAGAACUGGCGGCAAGGGAGGAAGCUAGACUGGCUCUAUUUAGACAGUAGAAAGUGAGGGCUCGGAACCGAAACGCGGCAGCGUCCCUGCUGCUGGAUCUGCUUUUCUUUAGCAGCCCUCCUGCUCCGGGACGCGUUGGGGCGAGGCUGGAGUUCCCCGGCGCAGCAGAAACUGCCGGAUCCGAUCUCUGGUUCUGACUGUACAAUAUCAGGGCUGGCUAGAUCCAGCGUGACUUUCGGCCAAAGCUCCUCGCCUGCCGCCCUGAGACACUGACCCCUGGGCUGAAAAGGGAACGGGGCGGCACCUCCCUAGUGGAGGAGGAGGGCCCGUGAUUUCACCAGGAAACAGGAGGGGGGAGACUGCUGCUGGGAGCCACAGGGACUGAGUCACUAAGGCGCAGAGGCGAGCGGUGCAGCAGGGGGAGUGACCGCCGGGGCGGAGGUGCAGGAGGAUCCGCCGCUGCCAGGGCGUGCGCGCCGGGCUGGCGCUUCCCUGGAGCCCGGGUUGGGGCGCGCAGCGGGGGGACAGGGAGAGCCGCUCCUCCGCCCGGGCGCCGGGAGCAUGGAGGAGGCAGGCGGGCGCCUGGAUGCGCGGUACGAGCGCCUGGCGCUGGACACGGCGCUCAGCACCCUGCUGGCCGUGCUGCUGUACGUGGCGGUGAAGGUGAGUGUGGACGGGCUCCGCCACUGGAGGGCGAGGGUCUCGGUGCUGAUCGUGGGGGCUGGCCCCGUGGGGCUGACGGCCGCGCUGGUCGCUGUCCGCUCGGGCAAGGUGCUGAAGCUGACGCUGCUGGACGAGCGCUACCGGGCAGCGCUGCUCUGCAGACCCCAGCAGAUCGCCCUGCAGCCGCGCAGCGUCCGCUUCCUGCUGGCCCUCGGGGUGGAUUUCGAUAACAUGGAGGGCUGCUGGGACAACGAGCACUUCUUCACCCGCAUCGGCGUCUUCCAGGAGCACCUGCUGAGCAUCCUGGAGCAGCAGAAGUACAGGCAGGAGAUCCGGAUCCUGCUGGGCACCAAGUUCUCAGAUGACUUUAUAAGGAAGAAUUUAGCCUCUGAGUGGCCACAAAUAAUUGUGAUCGCAGAUGGAUCCUGCGGAGAAUCAAGCUCAGUUCUUGGAAUCAGUCCAGAUUACAUUGUGGAAUCCUGUAAUGGUUAUGGAGCAAAUGCAGCUAUUGAGAGGCGUGAUCAGAGACAGGUGCCAACUCCAGAGAUCCGUGCUCACAGUCUAUAUUUUGAUCUCUCUGCUUAUGGAAUGGAUAUAUCUUCCAUGGGUAAGGAAUCUCUGAAGCCAGGAUUUCAUCUGAAAAUCUAUGGGACAUUCCGUAAUCGAUACAUGGCUUUGGCAUGUCCAGCUUCUGAUUCCAAAGUUGUUAGAUUUCUACGGCAUACUCUCAAUUCCUCAAUAAUGAAGAACAUAUUCCACCAAUCUUUCAAUGCCUACAAGAUGGAUAUUGAACCCAGGGUGAAUGAAUUGACUCUACAUCAUGUCCAGUGUAGUAGAAGACUCUUUGAGAUCAUGCUUUCUCAUAGGAGGGUUACAGCAGCCUUUAUUGAAGGGGAUAAUGUAGUGGUCACUGUCGAAGGAGAAGCAGCCAGAGUGCUGAAUUUUGACACUGGCUGUGGUGUUAAUCUUGGAUUGAGAGGCUUGGAAUCCUUGGAAGAAUUACUUUACAGGGUUGCUACAGCAGUGGAUCAGAAUGAUAUCUUUGAAGCACUGUCUGCCAAGAUACGACACUCCAAGCAAGUGUCAGAGGAUUUUAAGCAGAAUGGAUUAUUUACCACAGUUUUUGAAUAAACAGGUGGAAGGAACGCGAUGCAGCACUGUGGAGAUAUAGACCUAUUUAUAGGACAAACAAAAUGAAUGGUAACUGCAAAAAAAAAUCCAGGACCUCAAAUUCAGCACAGCUAUUUAAAACUUAAAGGGACCUGCUCAACCCUUUUAGGAUCCAAAGUCACUUCCCCCCACCCAAUGGAGGAAUUGAUGUUCUUUUUGCUGAUCCUACAGUCCUUGCUUCAUGGACUAGUCUGGGUGACUUCACUGGGAUGCUCAUGUGAUACCAGGCUGCAGGGUCAAGCCCUUAAUUGGGGAAAAAAAAAUUAAGUGGCCUCAGCUUUUCCUCUGAGAUUGUGGUCCAGCUCCUAUUGAAAUUAUUGGCAAACCUCCCACCGAUUCCAGAGGUGCAAGCCCCAGUUCUGCAAUGUGAUGCACAGGGGCAGAUCCUUGGGCCCACAUGGAGCCCCACUGAAGUCACAGCUUAAUCUCAGAUGACUGGUUGAAAACUCAUGUAUCUAUUUCCUACUCUGGGGUAAUACAAAUGAGAUGAGAGUAAGGCUGGUAGAUAGGGGAAUAAAUCUGGAUGAGGUGGCAAAGGGUUUGGGUGCUCUCUUGAGAGAUGGUGUGUCCCCCACUUGUCAGAAUUUGCAGUUUAAGGGUAGGGUUAAAUUCCCGGCUGCUCUAAGAGAAUCAAGUAGUAGCGGCCAAAACAUCAUUGUAAAGACUGCAACUGUUUCCUUCAGGCGUACAUUUUGUUGUCAUGGUUCCAGCUAGAGCUGGUCAAAACAUGGAAAAUAAAAUGGUGAAAGGUGUCA